GACCGGGAUCAGGAUCGGGACCGGGAUCAGGAUCGGGACCGGGGUCGCACCCGCCAUGUCCUCCGAAGGCUGCACCUUCGAGGACCGGUGCGUGAGCGUGCUGUGCUGCCGGUUCUGCCGGCAGGUGCUGAGCUCCCGGGGCAUGCAGGCGGUGCUGCUGGCGGACACCGACACCCACCUGUACUCCACCGACAUGCCACCCUCGGGAACUGUCGAUUUCAUCGGAAACUGCUACUUCACUGAAAUCUGCAAAUGCAAACUGAAGAACAUCGCCUGUUUGAAGUGUGGGAAUGUUGUUGGCUACCACGUGAUUUGUCCCUGCAAGCCCUGCCUGCUGUCCUGCAACAACGGCCACCUCUGGAUGUUCCACAGCCAGGCAGUGUUUGGCAUCAACAGGCUCGACCCUUCUGGUGUGAAUGUGUUGCUGUGGGGCAAUUUGCCAGAUCUGGAGGAGAGCACAGCAGAAGACACAUCCUGCACCUCUGAGGAGGAGUACAUCAGAUAAAUGGCACCUGCAGGAGCUUCCCUCCACUUGUGGCCUGGCUGUUUGGUCUGGAUUUCUUUAAUUUCAUCAUCAUCAUCAUCAGAGCUUAA